AUGAAGUGGGACCGGGAACAAACCCCAAGAACAUGGGUAAACUUUAUGAGGGACUUCAAUGCGAAAUACUUUCCUCCUCUAGUCCAGGAAAAGAAGGAGGACGAGUUCAUUAGACUCCGCCAGGGGACUCAAUCGGUGGCUGAGUACGAGAGCCAGUUUACUCGUUUAUCUAAGUUUGCCCCUGAACUCAUUCUAACGGAGCAAAGGAGAGUUAGACGUUUUAUUCAAGGGCUCAAUGUGGAAAUCCAAAAGGAUCUGGCGGUAGCCCAGAUCAAUAUCUUUAGUGACGCUGUGGAGAAAGCUUUGCGAGUUGAAAAUGCAAGGCUCCAAGUAAGGAAUUUUCAGGUGAAAAAACGGGGGUUCUCUGCGAGUAGUUCGAACCAAGGGGAUAAAGGGACCCCUCCUAAGUUGGGAAGAGGAGCCGGAGGAGGAAGGCAACCGGGAAUGACGCGAGGGACUCCGCCGAGGGGUGGUCACAAUGGACGGGGCCCGCAAAGAAGCGCUUCACAAGGAAGUUCGGCCUCAGUUCCACGUGGACCCUGUGGAUUUUGUGGGAAACCAAACCACACCGAGGACAAUUGUUGGAGGAAAGAAAGGAAAUGCUUGCGCUGCGGGAGUGCGGAGCACCAAAUAGCUAACUGUCCGGUGUUACCUCGGGAGGCUAGAGUAACUACCCAGUCAUCGAAGGCUAACUCGGGACAGUCCAAGGUAGAAGGGACAAAGCCAAAGGUGCCAGCUCGGGUUUACUCCCUUGAGCAACAACAAGUCCCUGAUUCCUCUGGGGUUGUAGAAGGAGAGAGGAAGCUUUUGGGAAAUCUUAUAAGUUUAGCUAUUAAGGGGUACGACGUUAUAUUGGGUAUGGAUUGGCUAGCUAAGUACGAUGCACAACUUGAUUGUAAGAGGAAAGUAGUGGAAUUUCGUAUACCGGGGGAGGCAACCUUAAGGCUAGAUGUGAGAGGAGCUGAAGCGAAGAUUAACCAUAGCUCCGGUACUGGCCUUGCCGAAUGGGAAGGACAGUUUCACAGUAUAUACCGAUGCUUCGAAGGAAGGCUUGGGGUGCGUGUUAAUGCAAAACCAGAACGUGAUUGCCUUUGCCUCUAG